CUAUUUUAGGCCAAGACUGGGAGGCAGCCAGGCCUUCCCUGGGCUCUCAAAGGAGCCACUGCUGCCUUUGUCCAGUCCUGCUACUGGAUGCCAUCAUCGGCCCCCGACUGCCCACUAUUUGCCAUGCCUGAGGAGACCCAAGAAGACUCCGUGGCACAAAUGAUGCUCAGCCAGAGCAGGGGGCCACUGGCCCCCAACUACGUGCAGGAGGUGCACCUGCAUCGGGUGGAGUCCAUCAGCGACCUACACAGUGGAGGCACACUGCGCCCUUGUCUCACUGAAGAGGCACGGCCAUGGAAUGAGCUGCUGAGCGUUUUGCCGCCAUCACUAUGUGCCCAGGCUGGCUGCAGCCCUGUGUACAGACGAGGAGGGUUCCUGCUGCUGUUCGUGCUGCUGGUGCUCACUUGCCUGGCGCUGGCACUCCUGGCUGUCUACCUGAGUGUGCUGCAGAGCGAAUCCCUGCGCAUCAUGGCACACACGCUCCGCACGCAGGAGGAGACGCUACUCAAACUCCGCCUGGCCAGCCUCAGCCAGCUUCGGAGGCUCAACUCCAGUGAGACCCAAACACCCAGCUGAGAUGCCAUUUGGAUCUGGGGCCUGGGGGUGUGUGUGGGGGAAAUAAAGUGGCUAUGGGCAGGUCUCUCCUUCCCUACUGCUGGCUGCCACAUCUACACUA